AUGGUGGAGCCCUCCCCCGGCUCCACUCGGUACGCCUCUGCCGGCCCCACCGCCCGUGAGCUCGGCGUGUUGAGGCCCCCCCACCACCGCCCUGACGCCUUCUCCUUCUCCCCCUUCACCCCCGCACCCCCCCCUUUGUCUGCAUCGGUGCGUGCCAGUGAGAGCGCGCGAGUGAAGCGCGCUGCCAGAUCCAUCGCCCCGCCUCCCCCUCCCCGCUCCCUCUCCCUCUCCCGCUCCCUCUCCCUCUCCCGCUCCCUCUCCUUCUCCCUUUCCUUCUCCCUCUCCCUCUCCUUCUCCCGCUCCCACUCCCUCUCCCGCUCCCUCUCCUGCUCGCGCUCGCGGUCGGUCUGCCGUCUGUCAGGGGCGGAGCCCCAGAAGCGCGACGACGAGGGCGUGAGUGCGCCCGUGUCCCCACCGCCCUGCAUGUCCUCCUCCUCCUCUCCCGCCUCCCUCUCUGCCACCUGCCCCGCCCACCCACGAGCACAGGAGGAGCGGCAGGCGCCGCGGCUCUGGUCGAUGGUGCGGCGGGAGGAGGUGGGGGUGAAGGGCGCGCACAUGGGCUGGGGGGACACCUCGUCCGACAUCCCCUCCUCGCCCUCGCCCCCUCCUCCUCCCCCCACCCCCACUGCCAGUGGCUCCAGUGCCUGGCGCCGCCCCGACGCGUUGCGCGAGCGCGAGCGCCAGCGCGAGCGCGGGGAGGGCAGCGGGCCGCUGAGGCUGUGCGCACUGUGGCGGGGGGAGGGCGACGGCACGUGGGGGGCUGGCUGCGCGAAGUGCGAGGCGGGCAGGGAGCGGCGCGAGGCGGAGGGGGGGCGGCCCAUGGAGGGCGCUGGGCUGGCGGAGGCGGUGGAGGGGGAGGCGAGCCAGGGGGGCAGCGCGGAGGAGUGCGGCUCGGAGGUGAGUGAGGCAUCGUCAGGCAUGUCGGAGAGCGAGAGGUCGUGGGGGAAGGAGGAGGCGGGGUCCGGUGGCAGGGAGGAGAAGGACGCCAAGGACAGCAUGGCCGCUGCUGCUGCUGGCAGCGCCGCGUUCAGGGACAGGCAUGCAAGCGCCCCUUGCACAUGCCACUUGCCCACCCACCUGUCACUUCCCCUCCCACCUGCCCCUAUCUGCCCGCCCACCUGCCAGCUGCCCGCCCACCUGCGAGUUUCCUUCUCUCAGCAGCCCCUCGUGCCGCUCCAACUGAGACAGCUGGCUCUCCAGCUGCUGUCUGCCAUGGGGGCAUGGCGGCAUGGGGGGGCAUGA